CUUUACUUUAUUGUCACACACCAAACCCCCCUUUUUAUCUCGUUGGUAUCUUCUGGGGAACCUUACCUUUUGCCCAUUUGCCCCUCGGAGGACUCCAAUUUUGAAAAGGUCUUAUCUCUGGUCAAAAAUAUUUUUUUUUAAUUUAAUUUUUUUUGUCCCUUGUUAUUACUGGGAAGAUUUUUAAGAACACAGAAAAGGGAGAUUUUUUUUUUAAAUUCCUGAGACAGAAAUGACUAAAGUUAACGGUGAAGACACAAGAUCGGGGAAUAGGAUGGAGCGCUUCCAGCAAGGAGUCCGGAAACGUACUCUUAUGGCAAAAAAGAAGGUUCAAAAUAUCACAAAGGAAGAUGUUAAAAAUUACUUACUGAGAAAUUUUUUUGUGCUUUUCACUAUCAUUGCAGUCAUUGUGGGUAUCAUCCUUGGCUUUUCUCUCCGAUCCUAUCACUUCAGCUACCGAGAAGUGAAAUAUUUUUCCUUCCCUGGCGAAUUGUUAAUGAGAAUGCUACAAAUGUUGGUUUUGCCUCUCAUUGUAUCCAGCUUAGUAACAGGAGUGUCUGCCUUGGACAGUAAAGCAUCAGGGAAAAUGGGUCUCCGAGCAGUGGUGUAUUACAUGAGCACCACGAUUAUAGCUGUCCUGAUUGGGAUAAUCAUGGUAGUCAUCAUCCAUCCUGGGAAAGGGUCAAAGGAAAAAAUGCACAGAGAAGGCAAGAUUGUCCGAGUGACAGCUGCAGAUGCCUUUCUGGACUUAAUCAGGAACAUGUUUCCUCCAAAUCUUGUAGAAGCCUGCUUCAAACAGUUCAAAACAAACUAUGAAGAGCAUGUUCAUCAUACACAUGAUGAUUCUAACGAAACGUCGGUCCUUGCUGGCAUUAUAAAUAAUGUAACAGAAGCUGUGGAAAACCUAACUCGGAUGAAGACGGAGAUGAUCCCUGUACCAGGAGCUGUAAAUGGAGUGAACGCACUUGGACUGGUUGUCUUCUCCAUUAGUUUUGGAUUAGUGAUUGGCAAUAUGAAGGAACAAGGUCGGGCAUUGAGAGAGUUCUUCGACAGCCUUAAUGAGGCUAUCAUGCGACUGGUAGCUCUAAUAAUGUGGUAUGCACCACUUGGCAUUUUGUUUUUAAUUGCUGGGAAAAUUGUUGAGAUGGAAGAUAUGGGUGUGAUUGGAGGCCAGCUUGCCAUGUAUACAGUUACUGUUAUCAUUGGUUUGCUCAUCCAUGCAAUUAUUGUUCUCCCACUUCUCUACUUCUUCAUUACUCGGAAAAAUCCUUGGAUCUUUAUUGGAGGAUUGUUGCAAGCUCUCAUCACAGCUUUGGGAACUUCCUCAAGUUCUGCCACUUUGCCUAUCACUUUUAAGUGUUUGGAAGAGAAUAAUGGAGUAGACAAACGCAUUACGAGAUUUGUACUGCCUGUGGGUGCAACUAUUAAUAUGGAUGGGACAGCUUUGUAUGAAGCCCUGGCUGCAAUUUUCAUUGCACAGGUUAACAAUAUGGAUCUAAACUUUGGGCAAAUUAUCACAAUCAGUAUUACCGCAACAGCUGCCAGCAUUGGUGCAGCAGGAAUUCCUCAAGCUGGCCUGGUCACAAUGGUGAUUGUACUAACCUCUGUCGGUUUGCCUACAGAUGACAUAACGCUUAUCAUUGCGGUGGAUUGGUUUCUGGAUCGUCUGCGCACUACUACCAACGUUUUGGGAGACUCCAUCGGUGCAGGAAUUGUCGAACACUUAUCCCGCCAUGAAUUACGGAACAAGGAUGCUGAAAUGGGCAACUCCGUAAUUGAGGAGAAUGAAAUGAAGAAGCCUUAUCAGCUGAUUUCACAAGAGAAUGAGAAUGAAAAGCCCUUAGACAGUGAAACCAAGAUGUAAGGUAGAGAAAAGUUGACACAAAGCACUAGAGAUAUGGAAAAUGUACACUUUCUUUGGUCCUUCUGCUUGUUCCUCAUUUCUUCUUGUACUCUCAAAGCACUGAAAAGGUUUAAGGAUGAACUAGAUAUUACGAGAGACAUAGAGUGUGUGACAUGCCUCCUCUGCCUUGGGAUAGCUAGGUUAGAGCAAUGAACAACAGCAGGCUGUUGCUCCAUAUGCCUCACCUUGUUCCUUCCAGUAAGGAAGGCCAGAGGAGGGCAAAGCAAAGCACUGUAUUUCCAUGUAUUGUGUUUACCUAGACAUACUUUCCCUGGCCUGAUGCCUUCCUGGUGUGAAACUACAACUCCCAGAAUUCCAUGCAGCAGACAUGCUGGUUAGAAUUCUGGCAGUCCAAAUCCAUUACAUUUGUGGGACAUCUGUCUGGAGAAGGCUGCACAAUUUGUGCAGGAGAAAAUAGGGAUGAGCUGAGCUGCGCGUUUUUCAAAAUUGGUGAAAAAUAUUCCAAAUUUGUGGCUACAGGCCAUUAAAAAAAAAAGGCAUUACAGAACGUGAUUUGCAACAUUUUAAUGGGGGGUAAAUAUUUUAUCAAAUUAGCAAGCUUAUUCAAGAAUAUAUAUAUAUAUAUAUUUCCUUAUCCUGUUAAAUGUGAUCUCAUUUAAUAUAAGCUGAAACAGCAAAAGAGAAGAAAUCCUGAAAGAGGCUCUAGCAUUUUGUUCAAAUGCUACAAGUUCUUAGCACCAUCAAGUCAACCUUUGACAUUUCAUGCUAUUCCUAGAAAAUUAAUAGCAAAUUUUGAUUUCUUUUUUUAAAAAGAUAGUGUUACCUUAUUUCAUUGCUGUUAGAUCGGUACGAAUACUAUUUUUUUCUAAAGGAUGAAAUAAGUGAAUAGUAUUUCCCACAGGUCAUUAUAUUUAUGAAUUAAGCAAAAACUACUAAUCAUGUUCAUUUCUAACCAAUGGGAUAUUUUAGUAUCAGAAAGAGGCUCGUGCUUCUUGAUACUGUGCACCUUCAAAUCCCAUUGAUUUUGUAUAUCACAAACCUGCAAAUACCUCUGUGUAUGUGUAACAUUAUGACUCUCUUUUAGAUGAUAGUAUUUAGCACAGAUACUGCUACUCAUACACACUGUUUCUUUUUUCCAGGAUCAGAGGUCAAAUGCACACACAUUAAAAACAUAUGCACUUUGGAACAGGAAAUUUAUCUUAGUUGCUUCAUUGCUAUGGACAUAUUGAAUUAUUGCUAUCACAGCAAUUGUGAUGUCAUUAUUUGAUCAAACAACUGUAAAUAUUCUGCUGAUUCAAUCUAGUGAGGCUUUGAUAAAUUAUAACCCACCAAUCAUAUAUAGUUUUCAGAAAGAACUGCUUUUGCCUCCUAUAGAAACGGUUAAUAUGGUGGGAUUAUAAACAGUUAGGCUCCAGGAAGAUUACCAUGGUUCAUAAAUUGUCCUGCCUUUAAAUCUCAUUUUUUUUCCCAUGGGAAUUGAAAUCCUCACUGAUUUAUAUCCAUAUGGCAUAUCCAAUCAAUCGUGGGAAUUAUAGUUUAGUCUGAUAUUAAGAAUCCUGUUGAAGAUCCUUAGCACCCACCCACACACACACACACACACACAUACACCCAACUUAAAUUUACAUGAAAGAGAAGCCAACUCUUAAGCCAAUUAGAAUUUUUGGCAAAGAUUUAAUCUAACAGUUCAUCAUCACCAUUGCAACUCUCCUGAAACAUCCCCUGAAUUUAGCAACCUAAAGACCUAAACAUAUGAAUUCUAAAACACCCAUAUUUUAAAAACAACCAAAAUGAAAUAAAAAUCCCUUGUUUCCAGGCAGACUUUGCUGGACAUUAUGCACAAUGCUAAGCCAUCAUCAUACAGAUGAGCAAAAAGAUAUCAAAACAGAGAAGUAGCUCACAUAGAAGUGGUCUGCUAUGAUCAAACUAAGAAAUAAAUUGGGAUUCUGUUUCUCUUAGCAGCUUGCUUGUUAUAUAGGAACUAGAGAUUGCAGCUGAAAAGAAACUUACUAUAACCAAGCAAAAAAAUGAAGGUUUGCUGUGAUAUAGUUUAUUUAAUAAUAGAUUGCAGGUUAUUUUAAACCACAAUUCUUGAUUGCACAUAAAGGCAAGCCAGUAGGAAUCAACUAUUAAAAGAAAAUUGGGUUUGGUUUGUCCUUCUUUGUUCCAUAGGAAUGGCUCUCCCCAAAGUUCUUUCUACUAGUGAUGUAGUCCUUGAUUUACGACCAAAAUGGAGUCCAAAAUUUAUGUUGAUAAGUGAGAAUUUGUUAAGUGAGUUUUGCCCCAUUUUAUGACUUUUCUGGUCACUGUGGUUAAGUGAGUCACUGCAAGUUGUCAAUUUAGCAACAUGGUUGUUAAGGAAUCUGGCUUUCCCAUUGACUUUGCUUAUCAAAAGGUUGCAAAAGGUGAUCACAUGACCCUGAGACACUGGAACUGUCAUAAAUAUGAACUAGUUGCCAAGCAUCCAAAUUUUGAUCACAUGACCAUGGAGAUGCCAUAAUGGUUGUGUGACAAAUGGUCAUAUGUCCCUUUUUUCAGUGACGUUGUAACUUGGAACGGUCAUUAAAUGAAUGGCUAUAAGCUGAGGACCAGUUUGUGAUUUAUACUGUCUGCAAUUAUAGCUAGUAUGAGUUUAAAUUAAACUUCUGUAGCUAAAUUGUCUGCCAAUCCCUGUGUUUAAUCCUCUAGCACAGGGGUGUCAAACUCAAGGCUUGCGGGCUGGAUCUGGCCCACAGCGUAUUUAGAUCUGGCCUGCAAGCCCACCCUGGAAACAGCAAAAGACUGGCUUGCGGUGCCUCUGCCAGCAAAAACAGAGCUCUGGGGGGCCCACAUGCAUGCCUCCUGGGCUCCAUUUCCGGCCACGACAGCCUCCUGCAGCCUUUUGCCAAUGACGGAGCUUGGGAGGGCUGCACAUGGCCCUCCUGGGCUCCGACACUGGCAAAGGCUGCAGGAGGCUAUUGUGGCCGGAAACAGAGCCUCAAUGAGUGAUGUCAAGCUGGCUACGCCCUCCCUGGCCAUGCUCACCCACCCCCCAAGGUCACACACAACCCUGAUGCGGCCCACAAUGAAAUCCUGCUGUAUCAGGAAAGGUUUUAGAAUCUCUGGACACCAUGUUAAGUAUGAGCAUACAGCUGGAACUCUAGACAGCAGUGCCUACAAAGCAUGUGUCAAGGUUCGGCUACAUUUGUGCUUUCAUAGUGAAAUUACAGAGCCAAAAAUGCUUUCAGGAAGGGGAAUCUUCCGAAAUUUGGUUAAAUGCAUUUUAAAAAAACAAACAAAACCCAACUGGUUUAAAGACUAAACUUUCUAUUCCACUAACACUUUCUCUUUGUUAGCAGCAUUCAUCGGAUAGACCCUGCUAACAAAGAGAGGAGAUAACUUUGUAUAAAAAUAACACUAACAUGGUGCUUGAUUAUUUUUUAAGAAAAAGAGUAUAUAAAGAGAAUAAUGAAAACAUUUAAUAAAUAUUGAAAAUAUAAAAGACAUUUUUUUAAAAAAAGAGGUCUUGGGACUAAGAAAGGACAAUUUUUUUAAAAAAAUUGGCAUGAGAUUAUGAUUUUCGUCCAUUUGAAGCUUGCUAUUUUCCAGAACCCAUUUAUUUUUUUAAAAAAAUAAGAUUUUUAAAUUAUAUUUUACAUGCAUGGUCACAGGAGACAGGAAGGAAAGCUUUAUGCAAGCAGAAUAAUCUCUGCAAUGGGACGCUUAAAGGAAGCCAUUGUGACCUGUUACAUUCCAUAUGUGUGGGACUCCUAAACCGUUAUUCCCUUUUCUGCUAGUCAGUAACAAUGGGAGACUCCCACAUUUGAAAGAGUUUGACUUCAUAAGAUGGUGUAAAUAUAAACAUACUUUGGUUGUAUAGUUGUUGGAACAGUAUUUUAAUAGCAUUUUUGUAAAAUAGGGCUGAAUUAUUCCUUAUAGCUGCCAAUCUGUUACCGUGUUUCCCUGAAAAUAAGACCCUGUCUUAUAUUUUUUUGAAUCCUGAAAUAAGCGCUUGGCCUUAUUUUCAGGGAGGUCUUAUUAUUUUGGAGCGCAUGCAGCAAGACAGGGCUCCUCUUGCUGUCUUACCUGAUUUCCAGCUCUGUCUCCCUAACACUAACCAGAGGAAAUGGCGGAGACCGGCUGCGCAUGCGUUUAAAUAUUUUUUUGGGAGGGCUUAUUUUCGGAAAGGGCUUAUUUUCAGGGGGGCUUAUUUUAACACAUGCGCUGAAAAGCCCAAUUGGGCUUAUUAUCCGGGGAGGUCUUAUUUUAGGUCUUAUUUCCAGGGAAACAAGGUAUUUCAAGGUUCAUUCAUUUGUUCCCAAGAUUGUAAGACUACCGAAAGGUACAAGAUGUGUUUCAUCCUGGCUAAUUCUCAGAAUUCUGCAGUUAUGCCCUGAUUUUUUUAAUUUUAUUUUUACAAAAUGGUUAUUUCACAUAAAAAUUGACAUUAUCCAAUUUAAGCUAAAAUAACUGGCCAUUGUCUGAUGAAAUGAAAGACAUUUUCAAGGUUCAGCCUCACAAUUAGAUUUAGAGCCACCAAGCAUUACAGACAAAUCUAGGCAGCCGCCCUGAGUCUUCGGAGAAGGGUGGGAUAUAAAUGCAAAUAAAAUAAAAUAAAAUAAAUAAAUAAAAGAGAGAUGAUUUGCAAUAGAAUUCUCGGAUUCAGUGUUGAAAUGUUAAGUAAACUGCUGGUCUGGGGGAAAAGAUUUAGGUUUUUUUGAGCUUUGACUAUCAAAUGUGGGAAUGAUAUUUCUAUUUAAUCCAGACUUAUAGCAGACCAACUCAUUUUUCCAUCAGCUGCUGCUCAGAGUUUACAAUAGACCUUUACUAUCCAUCCCCUCUCCCAGAGGUGGUAUUCAGACGAUUCCGUCCGGUUCGGUUGAACCUGGACAUAAUGCCGUCCUAUUUAGCCACGUUUUUGAGGCUGGGCGCAUGCGCGGAAGGUCCGCUUGUGAGCAAAGAGCAUGCACAGCGGUGGCUUGUGUGAGUGUAGGGAGAGAGAGGGCACACUCUCUCACAUUUGUUAACUGGUAGGGAGGGUAAGCGAAUCCCACCUCUGCCCUCUCCCCUUUAUAAACCAGUAUAGUAAACACUAUACUAUACUGAUUUAUAAAGGGGAAUAGGCUUCCUUGUGCUUUUCUAAUCGCUCAGUUUCUACUCGUGGGAUAAUUCCCAACGGUAGUAGUUUACGAAGAGUCUUUCCUCACUACUAAGCGUAAGCGAGGCCUGCUUUAUCUGGGCUUUGAAAAUCCAGACAAUCACAAGACAGCAGCAAAGAAUUGGAAUUUUGUAUACUUCUUUAUUUUCAUUGUGGAUUUUUAUAACCCAGAUCCAGUAAUCCUAAUAUGAACCACAAACCACUCACAAGCCUAUAUUUCCACUGGAUGCCUCCUGUCGUGUUCCAGGCCAGGGAUGGGCAAUUAAUUUUCCCAAGGGGCCACAUGAGAAACUGGGACUAACCAAAAGGCCUGUGGAAGGGCCUAUCCAAUAGGCCUGUGAAAGUGCAUAGGAAUGCAUGCACGCAAAUACAUAAACUUGGGAGGGUGGGGGGAAUAGCAGCCGCCCUCAAACUAAAAGCAAUGAAGUUGUAUUGCAUGCUUGGCAUAUAUACUUAUUUACAUUUGAUUUCUAAUUUCCCAUUGAUCUCAUUUGAGCUGGACAGGGACAGCCAAAGGGCCAGAUAUGGCCCAGAGGCCAUAAAAUGCCCAGAUCUGUUCCAGGCUAUAUUACAAAUGGAGAAUGAUAGACUCUUCCACAUGAUAGCGAUAAUGCCCUUUCUAGGGGCAUUUUUAAAGACCCACCCUAAAUUCUUGCUCUUGCUCACUGGCGCCUUUUGACGGACAUUGUCAAACUGAUAACACAAACAAACACAAGCUGGCUUGAAGUUUCUGAAACACAUUGAGGAUUAUCUUAAAAGUGUGACAGGUGAAUAAAACCCCGCAAAGAUUUAACAUUUCAGAUUGUCCAGUGGGAUUGUUGAGGUUGUAGGAACAGUCUCUGAAUGGUGGAAGUAGGUAGGCAGGAGAUCCGCUUAGCUUCCCCUUUGAAAAAGAAUAGGAAUUAACUCAGUGUGUCUGAUGGUGUUUAAAGUAAUGCAAAGCUCUUAUGUAAUCUCUGACUGUACGCAGUAAAUGGAUGUGCCUUUUUUAAUUAUUUGUUUCUCGUUUGCGCUAACAAAAGGAAAAGCUAGAUUAGAGACAGAUGUUUUCUGAAAUGUAACUAGAGAUAUUUUUAUAGCGGUACUGUAAUGUGUACAAAGUUAAUAUUAAAUUGUAUGGAAUAACUUUUACUAUGGUUUGCUUUUGAACGGAUACUAUUUUUGGAAGAGGGUUGAAAAGAUUUUCAUGUAAAGGGCUAUCAUUCUGUGCUGUCACUUUAGGAGAAAAUGGUAUUACGAAGUGUGACAGUUCUUUAACUUUAUACUAACUCUGUUUCUUACAGAAAUCAUGAGCCAUAGAAUAUUCUCUCUUUUGUGCCUAUUCUGAGUUGGCAAUUGAUGCACCCAGGGUGUGGCUUGAGAAAUAUUACUUUGUAGGUGUAUUUUCAAUUAAAAAGCAAAUAGUUUUACAUUAUUUGUUUUGAAAAGUGUGGUCUUUUUCUCCUCAGUGAAUAAUGAGUCUAGAGGUGUGCUAGAAUCUACACCAGGGGAGUCAAACUCAAGGCCCGGGGGCCAUAUCCUGCC